AUGGUUGAUCAACCACCAGUUGCGAAUGAUACUAAGGCUCUCAAGGCUUUCUCUGAGCCUAAAAUCAAUGACAUUCAGUCGAGCAUUAUUGCUAAUGCGUUGAUUAAUAGACCACAAGGAACACUUCCUAGUGAUACUGAGGCCAAUCCGGGUAAGAAAGAGGUGAAAGAACAGGUACAGGCUGUCACCUUGAGGUCCAGCAAGGUUACGAAGGAUAAAGAAUCAGCAACAGAGCAAAGCAAGGAAGAGAGUGAUCAUCAGGUUAAAACACCAGUGCUCUCAUCUAAGUCUGAUAGUGAAAAAACUGUUGUUAAAGCUGACAAGAAUAAAAUCAACGAGGAAGCAAGCAAGGAUUCAGCCGAAAAGUCUAGUCUGAAAACUGAUACUGGGGUCAAGCAAGUAUAUCCACCUCCACCUUUUUCGAAGAGACUUCAAAAGCAUAAGCUCGACAAACAAUUCGCAAAAUUUCUAGAGGUCUUCAAGAAAUUACAAAUCAACAUACCUUUUGCGGAAGCUCCAGAACAAAUGUCGAGUUAUGCUAAAUUCAUGAAAGGUAUUCUAUCUCGAAAACUCAAACUUGAGGAUUUGGAAACUGUGGCUUUGACCGAGGAGUGUAGUGCUGUGUUGCAACAGAAAUUACUCCCGAAGCUAAAAGAUCCGGGAAGUUUCACAAUCCCUUGUACUAUUGGGCAAUUGUCAUUCGACAAGUGUUUAUGUGAUUUGGGAGCUAGCAUCAAUCUGAUGCCCUUGUCUGUGUUCAUGCAACUUGGUCUUCCGGAGCUGAAACCUACUAAUAUGUCUUUGCAGCUAGCUGAUCGUUCGAUAACAUACCUAAGGGGGAUAGUCGAAGAUGUGUUACUAAAGGUAGAUAAGCUAAUCUUCCCUGCUGAUUAUGUCAUUCUCGACUUUGAAGAAGAUAAGAAGAUUCCCAUCAUCUUGGGGAGACCAUUCCUUGUGACAGGGCGGACUUUGAUUGAUGUUCAAAAGGGUGAACUCACAAUGAGAGUUCAGGAUCAGAUGGUCACUUUCAACAUGUUCAAUGCCAUAAAACUUCCAUCAGAUGAGGAGGAAUGCUUUAAAGUGGAUAUGCUCGAUGCUGCAGCUCGUUCGGAAAUUGACAACAGGCUAAAAACUGACAUCUUGGAAAGGGUUCUGUCAGGUGACUCAGAAUUCGGAGAUGAGGAGGAAGAAGAACACCUUCAAUACUUAAAUGCUUCUCCUUGGAGAAGACAGAUAGAUCCUCCAAUUGAAUCUCUUGGGUUAUCGGAGUUGAAGGAUUCUCAUGAAAAGCUGGAACCCUCUAUUGUCGAAACUCCUAAACUCGAGCUUAAGCAACUUCCUGAACACCUAAGGUAUGCUUUUCUUGGCGAAGCUUCUACAUUACCUGUAAUUAUUGCAUCUAACCUUUCAGGUAUCGAGGAAGAAAAGCUUUUGAGAAUUCUUAGGGAGUUCAAAUCAGCCAUUGGAUGGACUUUUGCAGAUAUCAAGUGA